AUGGCGAUACCCUAGAGACAAAACCAAAUCAUGCUGAGUCUGAACGAGGCCCGAAUCCCCGUCCAAAUCCCUCUAAUCUCAACCGGUGGUGAACGCAUUGUUUGCAUUCAGCUUCCAACAAGUGAAAAAGGAACCGGCCUGCGAACUCACUUCGUUCGUCUUCUACGCUAUCUGACGGGAGAAACAUGGGAUUCCGCAAUACCAUUGACAGACAAUCAGUAUUUUGCAUUGGGACAACAGACUGCCAGCCUACAGCAUGCACUCCGAAAGAUUGUCACACAACUGGAUUCGCCAAUCGAGGAGCACGAUUGGGUGUUGAUUAAUGCGCCUAAACAACUUGAUCGUAUCAAUAUAUUUGCAAACAGGCAUCAACAUGAGCUCGUUCAAGACGUUCUGAUGCGGUUCAAAACGGAAUAUGCUCCUCGACUUAGUGGAAGUGUGAAUAAGUGGUCCAGUAGUGUGGAAGAUGAAGAAUUUCCCAUCACACUUAUCCACGGUGACCUGAACAAUUUUAACAUUCUUCUUCAGUCCAAAGAAGAAAACGAAUCUCAGAAAGCCGUGUCAUAUGGCUUUUUGGACUGGGAAGACGCUGCAAUAUCACGUCGUUCUUACGAUUUGGCCAUUUUACUAAUGUACAUGCUGUGUGCAGAGAAUCCACAGGAAAGAGAUGUGAUUCGGUUGGGGUCGGUGAUCAUGGCCGGUUUUCAGGAUCAGGCCACUCGUGAUGGAUGGCCCUUGACCGUGAGUGAGCUGAACGCACUGACCACUUUCACGGCGGCCAGAUUUGCUCAGUCACUGACCAAUGCCGAGUACACUUACCGAGUACAAUGCCCAGGAAACGACUAUGUGUUACUCACGGAAAAACAAGGCGGAUGGUCUAAACUGCAAGAUUUAUGGAUCACAAGGAAAAUGGAAUAUCAAACGGCGUGGAGUAGAUCAGAUUUGAACAUCUAA